AUGGGUUAUUGUAGUUGUGGCGGACGGCCCGCAGAUCACGGCGUUGGAGAAAGACUUGAUCUUGUUAACGAUGAAAGUGGAGCAGAAGACCCUGUUGUUGAACAGAGUGUUUUGAAGCCUAAUAACCAUUAUUAUUAUGGUGGUGGUAUAUCAUUCCAAUACGGAAACGUUUCAGAGUUUCAGUUUAACUAUGUUGGAGAUGGGAAAGAUUACAGAGGAAAGUUCACCAAAGGCUACAAGAGUGAAGAAUUCGUGGAGAAAAAGACUGGUAAACUGGGGUUGAUGGCAAUAUUGGAGGGUUAA